UGACCAGUUCUGGCCUGGUUUAUAUCUGGUUUCAUUACUCACAGCCCCUUUGAGUCAGUUAAUGGUUGUCUGUGAUGGGUCUUUUCCAGUGCACAUGUUUUCAUCUUCCAGAUUGGGACAACGAAUUGGUGUGUUACAAAGAAUUAAAUGAGGAUCUAACCUGUACCUGGCUGCCAGUACCUAGUGCUGCAAAUACAGUUAAUUACACUGUAUACUUAAAAUGGAACAAAAUACGAAAACUUUUUCAACGAAAAACAUCAUCACCUUCCAUCACAAUAGAACGGACGAAUCUCUACAUGGAGAGAUUUGUAUCCAUUUGGAUAGCAGUGAAUUAUGCUCAUGACACCUGUGCAAAAGGAAAGAAUAUCUCAAUUUUACCAAGCAAAGCAGGAAAGUGCUUGUCACCAUCUAACAUAAAUGCUUAUCAGAUCACAAACCAAUUGAUAAUUAAGUGGGACCUGACGACAGCUCAUGCACAGUAUGAGCUGAGAUACAGAGAGGCACUCACAGAAUCUGCUCCAUGGACACUGGUGCCUGUAGGAAACAAUGUUGUCAAUGUCACCAUUUCAAAUUUAAAUGCUAUGUCUUCAUACAUUGUUCAGCUCAGAUGCAUAACCAAGGAUGGCCUCAACUGUGUUUGUGUUUGGAGCAGAGAGAUUUUGGUCCCUCACAAACUCAUGAACAAGCCCAGAAUAUCAUAUAAUGUAACUACACAAGUCUCUCCAGGAAGAAGAAGUGUUCUUCUGAGAUGGGAGGUAGCACAAAGUGAGAACGUCCUUGGAUAUUUUGUUAAUGUGGAAAGAAUACCCAACAGCUGCAGUCGCCCACCAAAUCACAUCUCUCUCAAAGACAGAAAAAUUCUUGUUAAUCUCUCCAUGGCUCACUAUAGAGUUAUUAUUUCUGCCUAUAAUGAAGCAGGAGAAUCUCCACAAGCCUUCUACAUUGUCCCAGAAUUCUCUGUAGCAGACUUGCCUGGUAAAAUCCAUGUCAAAAGCCAGGGAACUAGUGCAGUCGUCACAUGGACUCCAGAAUACAAUCCAAAAUGUUUUGUGGUUGACUGGGGCACUGGUAAAGAGGAUAUGCGCAUGAAAAUAAUAAACAGACCUACCAGCAAUUUCACAUUAGACAAUUUUCAGCCAUAUAAGUUGUACAAAAUAAUGGUACAUGCAUCUGAUGUGUGUCAGUGUGAAAGUUUCCUAAGACAUGAAAAGACUUUUGGAGUGACCCACUUUUACUCCAUUGAAGGAGUUCCUAGGACUGGUCCUGCUAAUGUGACAAUUCUGAAUAUAACAAAGCAUUCUGCACUUGUAAAGUGGAGUGAAAUAGCUGCAGAAGACCGUUUGGGCUUUCUCCAGGGAUACAGGAUCAGUUACACAGAUUCAUCAAGGAAAAACUCUCCAGCUAUUACUCUCAACUCCUCUAUCACAAGUUACCAUCUUACUGGACUGAAGGAAAAGACCACCUAUCGUGUGCAGAUUUCAGGAUUCACUAAUGCUGGAGAAGGACCUCUGACUCUUUCUCAAUCUUUCAGCACUCCAAAAUAUGAUAAAGGAGAACUUGAAGGUUUUGUGAUUGGUCUUUGUUUCAGCAUGAUACUCAUUCUGGUUUUUGCACCUCUCACUUGUUCUCUGAUGAUUAAAAGGCUGAAAAUAUCACACUGGCCCAGUGUACCGAGCCCAAGAAACAGCAGUGCACUCCAAGAUAUGACUUAUUGGAAACCUGCCUCAAGGUCACUGCUUCAAGCACUGUCAGACAACGAUACCACCAGCCUUUUUGUCAUAGAGCAUGAGCCAAAGGCUCCUCUGAUGCUAGACCUCCUCACAGAUGGUGGAGAAGACCGCAAGCAUGACAUCUGCCAGUCAGGAAAACCCAGCAACAACACAGACAUGAGCCCAAGGACUGAAGAAAUCCCUGCAGAAGCAGUUACAAGUGAAGAAGACACCAUUUCCAUUGAAGUACCAUUCUUGAGUGACUAUGCCAGCAUGGAGUUUAGUCAGAAAGCCCUGAUGAGCCUGGCUGUGAGCAUGCCUGAAAGAACUGCUCAUCCUCAUCUGGAAAUGGAACUAAGCAGUAAGCCAGCACAAACUGUGCAUGAGGUUUUGUUUUCUUCCCAGGACUACCUUAAACAAAGCCAGGUGGUACUUUUGCCAUCUGGACCAAAUUUCAUGGGACAAGCCAAUUAAAUCUGGAGCAUCUUCACUAUUUUCCUUACCAUGGAAUCAAGUUCUAAAUCUUGUUAUACUUCAGUGGUGCCACUGGGACCAUAUGGGAGAGUGAGCUUGUGACAAUAGUUAUCUCCACUAUGGUAAGUUUCCUUGGUGAAGUAGACUGAUUAUAAGAUCAGAUUAGCUAUUUCACCACAGUCAUUCAGUGGAAAGUCCCACCAUCUUCACACAGGCAAAACUUUCAGGGACUUAUAUGAAAAAUCUUUCAGUAAAGUACCUCUUGCUUGGUAUUUUUUCCCAGGGUACUCAGGAGUCAUUCAAGGCUUCUGUACUCACUAUGACCAGUUUCAGAUUUCUGAUUUUCAAAUCUCAUGAGUUCUUCAGCAAAAAAAAUUCCAGCAAAAGUAUCUACCACUCCAAAGAAGCUCUCCAGUUUGUCAAAGCUAGCUGAAGAAAUCAGUGCGUAUCUCUCAAAUUAGGAAUGGAAAGUUUGUUUAUUGAUCUAUAUAAAACACCAUAAAUGCUUUACAUUCUAGAACUUUACAACUUUAGUCAUUGUAGCUAAAUAGUUCUGUGUAAGUGAAGAUGAUAAUAAGUUUCAUUAACAGUUUUGGAGUCAUUACUUGCAUUAAAUUAAGGCUAUUUCCUCCUACAAUUACCUACACAUUCAGAAAAAAACAUCCAUAGUUGGUGAUGAGGUGUAGGUGUAGAUAUGUUUUCACAUUGCAAUGACAAUAACUGUUAAACAGACUUCAGGAGCUGAACAGAUAUUUCAAGCCAUACCUCCAAAGACUGCAUGGAAUAGGAGCCACUGGAAUACAGGGGGAAAAAAGUCUUCCUCAAUAUGCUUUCUAUGCAACUCCAUCAGGUAUCUCCACAAUGCAAGGAGUCUGAACCAUUUUCUGGCUUACAAGAGUUACUCAGUCAUGAACUUUGCAGGCAUUAAUGAUCUGCACUUAUUGUAGAGGACCCAGUUUAUUUUUGUUGUCUCAAGUUGAAGGAGUAGUUUAUUAAAAUUGCUUUGUGGAGAAAGAAAGAAAGCAAUCACCUGUAUUGUAAGCACCAGAGAAUCCACAGAUGGACAUUUUUUAAAUGUCUCAGUAAAAGAGAAGGUGAAGGAUGACUGGCAUGCACACAAAUAUUUCCGCCCAUAUUAAGCAGUGUGAAUUAUAGAACAGCCACGGUUGCAAAAACUCAGAUAUUCCAUAUCCCCAUUUCAUUGAUUUAGUGAGAAUGCACAACAAAACCUAGUUUAUUCAUUUUCCUUAUUUAUAUUCACUCUCUCUUUAGCUACAUCUCUCUAUAUCUCUUAAGACUGCCAGGAACAAACCUGUAUUUCACUGUGGGUUAUGCACUGUUUUGUUUCUUAGCACUUAAAAUUCAUUGCUCUUCCACAAAGCAAUGUGCACUCGUGGUUGUUAAAUCUCAUAAUUUAAACAAGGGGUAAGAGAAGCACUCCAUAGAAUUCACACAAGUUUGGGCAGUCUUUUAUAUAUCUUUCUUCUUUCUUUGAACUUUAAUCUGGUGGCUUUGCCUGAUUUGAAUUUAAGAGAAUGCAAAUGAUCCUGCUAUUGAAGCUAUUGGAGCUAUUGGAGUGGAGAUAUUUUUACUUGUAAUAUCUAAUAGUGGUGUUGAAAUGCUGUUCCAGACAAUGAAGUCCUGAAAUAUAAUCUUUAUCAAGUAGCCAUAAUUUGUCCAUUUCCAGAAUAUAAGAGUUAUCAAUGCUCCUUAUUUACAGCAUUUAUUUCAUUUCUGGUCGAAGAAACUUAUUUUCCUGGUGCAGUUUGUACCUGCAAUAGCUUUACUCAUUCCUUUAAACACUGAAUUCCUCUUUUCUUACUCUGCACCUACCAAACCAAUACGUAUUAUGCAUAAAGUAUGUGUAAGUAGGUAGAACGAAACCAAAGGCUUGCAAGCAGUUCUAGUAUAUGAAACAGCCUUGAUAAUGAAUCUUAACACAUAGCUUGGGCUUUUAACCUGGUGAUUAUCAACUCCACUGCAAUAUCCAUUGCAUGACAGCUUGCUAAAGAAAAUUCACAUAGCAGAACAGGAUAAUUGUACUAGAAGCACCCAUGGAUAUUAAAUAGAAGGUAUAGAUGUAUUCUACUUUCAGUUAUAAAGCUCACAAUAUUGAUCUCAUUAAAGCAAUAUUUGCACAAUGUCUGUAAACAGUACAUUUGGGAGAAUAAGAGAUACAUGAAAAAUCCUGGUGUGGAGAUUAGGUAUUAAUUAAGAACUCCUCCCAUCGUGUUGUAUCCUUUGACAGCAAAGAAAGAACAUUUUAUGUGGAGAGAAAUAGAAGAAUACAUUUGCUAAAUAGUUUAAUGCAGCCAAAAAGGAAGUUUAGUUGGAAUAAUGUACUUACUCUGGGACACAGGAUUAGGAGAUAUACAUACCAUGCUCAGGUCUUCAGGUUAGGGAAAAAUAGAUUUCUCUGGGUUUGUUUUUUUAUUUUUUUUUUUGGUUGGCUCUUCUGUGGAGAUUUUUAGUUCAGUUAGAAGGGUCCUACAACAAUCGUCUAGUUGCAUUUCCUGACAUCUUCAGGCAGUUUAAGAAAAUGUGUGCAUAUACUGGUGUAUUGUGACUGCAGCAGCUUUCCUAUAUGGAUAAACAUGUAAGAUAGUUCAUUCCAUGUGCAAUAGUACUGUUCAAGUGGUUUAUGUAGUGUUCUUAGUUUCAAUAUAUGUUAUGUUAAGUGAAAUUGCAGAUACAAAAGCUCAGGACCACAAAAGACAAAGUAUUUUAUAAUUAUUUUUUUUCCUUUUUUUCACAGUCAGCAUAGCUCUGGAUGACCACUGUCAGCAUUAGUGAGAAUUUAGACAUGGUAAAAGCUUAGACAACUGUAGACCUGGAGGCACAUCAGCAUAGUGAUUGAUAGCAUGGGAUAUAAUACUGCAAGGUUACAGAACUUCAGCAUUCUAUAUUUACAAAGAAAGGAAAGUAAUACUCAGUCUCUAAUAUAGUACAAAGUUAGGUUAGUACACAUGUAUUUUUCUGGUAUCCAGAGUAGAUGUUUUUUUUUCUUGUAUGGACAUGAAGAUUUUUUAAUAUUUUUUGUUGUUGUUGUUAUAUUUUUUAUUUAGUGCUUAAAGUCAGACUACAGUGCAGUAGCUAGCUCUCAAAAUUAACACUAUGUCAGAGACAAAACAAGCAAGUUCUCACUCUGGAACAGGAGAUUGCAGCAACCAUAGUAUUGUAGAGAUUUAUUAUGUAUUAGUUAACAAAUGAAUAAUAAUAUCUACCAAAUAUCUAAGAAUUGCCCCAUAAUGUAAACCUCUGAGGUACUGUGACAACCCUUAAAGCUACUUUUAUGGCACUAUAGUAUCUCCACCCAAGCAGAGUUGUCUGGAAAGCAGAGAACACAGGGGCAUCCUAUCAACCCAAGUCAGCUGCAGUUAUUGCUACAAAAAUUGUCAAAUAAUGAAGCAUUCAUGAAAGACCUCUAGUUACAGAAGAUAAUCUUGACUGUGUGUCACAGGCUCUUGGUUUGCUUGUUUCUCUCUCUCUGUGUCACUGUGUGUCUGCUGCCUGAAUGAUGUUAAAUGUGUUCUGGUACAAUGCUGAUGGAAUUUGUAUCAACCUGGGUAAUAAAACCUGUGACAGCU